CAAAAACUCCGGUGAGUCCACCUAUUGCAAGGAAGACCCCCAUCCAUGGGGCAGGGAGAAGAAGGAUCAGUUGUUUGGCCAGCAGGAGAUCCCCUAUUUUGGUGUAAGUGGGAAAUGUAGUUUGGAUGCUGCCUGCCCUGCUGGGUUCCUCCAGCAUUUUGUGUGUUGCAAAUGAACAAAACUGUCUUACCAACAGGCUCAACUACUUCCUGCAAUCCAUCACAGCUUCAGUGCAGGAAUGGACGUUGUGUACCAUUGCUGUGGAAAUGUGAUGGCGAUGAUGACUGUACUGAUGGAAGUGAUGAAAGUGGUUGUGUUCAGGUUACAUGUGGAACUUCUGACUUCGUAUGCCACAGUGGACAUUGUGUGCCCAGUAAAUGGGAAUGUGAUGGUACACCUGACUGUGAAGAUGGGUCAGAUGAAAGUCCAGAAGUCUGUCACAUGAGACGAUGUAACUUGAAUGAAAUCAGUUGUGGCCCUGGCACCCUUCAGUGUAUUCCUGAUUCCUGGAAAUGUGAUGGAGGAAAGGACUGUGAGAAUGGCAGUGAUGAAGAGAACUGUGACUCUUUUAAUUGCAAUAUACUUGAAUUCACUUGCACCAGUGGUAGAUGCAUUUCCAAGGCAUUUAUCUGUAAUGGUGAAGAUGACUGUGAUGAUGGAAGUGAUGAAAAAGACUGUGUUCCCCAUUCCUGUGGCCGUCAUGAGUUUCAGUGCAAUAGUACUGAAUGCAUUUCCUUGAAUUGGCUCUGCGACAACAACGUCGACUGUGCUGACCAAUCUGAUGAAUCUCCAGAACGUUGCGGGUACCCUCUUCCUCAUGCAACCUGCUCUCCCAACGAGUUCUUCUGUGCUUCUGGUGAAUGCAUCAAUCGUGGCUGGCACUGUGAUGGAGACAGUGACUGUAAAGAUGGAAGUGAUGAAGUUAAUUGCUCUCUGCAGACAUGUAGACCAGAUCACUUCAGAUGUGGUGAUGGUAGUUGUAUUCCUGGAACCAAGAAAUGUAAUGGAUUUACAGACUGCUCUGAUGGUACUGAUGAAGUCCACUGUCAGAAUGGUAGGUGCACAGUUUUAAAAUAUAUACAAAUUUGUAACUGUUUUAUUGGAUUUAAACUUGUAUGUUUUCUUUUAAAUUUAGACUGUACAGGUCCAAAUGAGUUCAAAUGCCAAAGUGGAGAAUGCAUAGCUAUAAGUAAAGUCUGUAACCACAAAUGGGACUGUAAAGAUUGGAGUGAUGAACCCUUUGAAUGCCGACUAAACGAAUGCUUGGUGAACAAUGGUGGUUGCUCUCAUAUUUGCCGGGAUCUUCCCAUUGACUAUGAAUGUGAUUGUCCUGCUGGUUUUGAGUUAGUUGAUGAGAGGACCUGUGGUGAUAUCGAUGAAUGCCUAAACACUGCAACCUGCAGCCAAAUUUGCAUCAAUUUAAAAGGAAGUUAUAAAUGUGAAUGUCAUGAAGGGUAUCACAUGGAUCCGGCUAAUGGAGUGUGCAAGGCUGUAGGAAAAGAGCCUUACUUGAUCUUUACAAACCGCCAUGAUAUUCGGAAGCUUGGGCUACAUCAUCAGGAGUACACCCAGGUAGCCAUGCGGCUGAGAAAUGCUGUAGCAUUGGAUGCUGAUGUUGCAGAGGAGAGAAUUUUCUGGGCUGACUUAACACGUCAGGCAAUAUUUAGCAUGUCCAUGAAUAAAUACAAAGGUACUCCAGGUCAUUCUUUGCUCAUUCAGAAUUUGAGCAUUCCCUCGGGAAUUGCAGUGGAUUGGAUCUACAAGCACAUAUACUGGACUGAUCGUGGUACUAAAACCAUAUCUGUGGCUACAAUGGAUGGAUCUAAAAGAAAGACCCUUUUUGAUGACAAUAUGACAGAACCAGCCUCUAUAGUAGCUGAUCCAUUAUCAGGAUUUAUUUACUGGUCUGAUUGGGGUGAACCAGCAAAGAUAGAGAAAGCAGGAAUGAAUGGUGUUGAUCGACAAGUCCUGGUUGAUGUAGAGAUUCAGAAGCCAAAUGGCAUUGCACUUGACACUGUGAAAAAUUGCCUCUAUUGGGUUGACUCAAAGUUGCACACAAUAUCCAGUGUAGGCCUGAAUGGACAGGAUAGAAGAACAGUGCUUUUGUCACUAGAUUUCCUUUCUCAACCUUACAGCAUCACAGUAUUUGAGGAUCAUGUCUUCUGGUCUGAUGAAGACACUGAAACUAUUUAUGGAGCCAACAAAUUCACAGGUGCAGAUCUUCAGGCUCUAAUUUCUAAUCUCCAGAAAUCUCAGGACCUUGUAAUUUAUCAUGAGUUAAUACAGCCUCUUGGUAAGAACUGGUGCAACGAUUCCUUGAAAGGAGGCUGUGAAUACAUGUGCCUCCCUGCUCCUCUGGAAGGUACUUCCCCACUGAAAUAUUCCUGUGUGUGUCCAUCUGGAAUGAAAGUGGAGAAUGGGCGACAGUGUAGAACAGACAUUAAUGCAUGUGAGAUUCAUGAGGUGAGCUGUGGUUCUGGAUCUCUUCAAUGCAUUCCUAUCUCCUGGAAAUGUGAUGGUGAAAAGGACUGUGCUAAUGGUGGUGAUGAGGAGAACUGCAUUUCCACUUGCAGUACUCUGGAAUUUACUUGCUCUAGUGGCAGAUGCAUUUCUAAAUCCUUUGUUUGUAAUGGUGAAGAUGAUUGUGGUGAUGGAAGUGAUGAAAAAAGCUGUGUUCAAUCAGUCUGUGGAUCACAUGAGUUUCAAUGCAGUAGUUUGGAGUGUAUCCCUGCAAACUGGUUGUGUGACAACAACGUUGACUGUACAGACAAGUCUGAUGAAUCAGUAGAACACUGUGGCCAUACUCCUCCUCCUCCUCCUCCUUCUACCUGUUUUUCCAAUGAGAUCCUCUGCAAUUCAGGAGAAUGCAUUCAUCGCCAUUGGUACUGCGAUGGAGAUAGUGAUUGCAAGGAUGGAAGUGAUGAAAUCAACUGCCCUCCACAAACUUGUCGGCCAGAUUAUUUCAGAUGUGGUGAUGGUUCCUGCAUCCCUGAAGGCCGUAAAUGUAAUGGAUACAAGGACUGUAGUGAUGGAAGUGAUGAAAUUGAUUGUAAAAAUGGUUCUGUGUGUACUAUGCCAUCUUUCUUCAAAUGUCAAAGUGGUGAAUGCAUAGAUGCAAGCAGAGUGUGUAACAACCAUCAAGACUGUGGAGAUGGGAGUGAUGAGCCCUCUGAAUGUAAUGUGAAUGAAUGUCUAGUGAACAAUGGUGGAUGUUCGCAUAUUUGCCAUGAUCUUCUCAUUGGCUACAAAUGUGGAUGCCUUCCUGGGUUUGAGUUAUUUGAGAGAUUCUGCACAGACAUUGAUGAAUGUCAAGAUCCUGGAACUUGCAGUCAAACUUGUAUCAACAAAGUGGGGAGUUAUGAAUGCCUGUGUCACAAAGGAUACCACAUGGAUUCAGUGAAGGGGAUUUGCAAGGCAAUGGGUAAAGAGCCUUUUUUGGUUUUCACUAACCGUCAUGAUAUUAGGAAAGUUGGAUUGCAUAAAAUGGAAUACAUGGAAAUAGUUUCUCAAUUGAGAAAUGCUGUAGCACUUGAUGUUGAUGUUGCCGCAUCGACCAUCUUCUGGGCUGACUUAACACAGCAAGCAAUUUUUAGUGUGUCCAUGGAUAAAAAUGGAAACUCUGUUCAUAAAUCCAACAUAGUCAAAGAUCUAGGAGUUCCUGUGGGAAUUGCCGUGGACUGGAUCUAUAAGCAUCUUUACUGGACUGACUGUGGCACCAAGACCAUCUCUGUUGUGAAAUUUGAUGGAACAAAAAGAAAAAUCCUCUUUGAUACAGACCUAAUGGAACCAACUUCCAUAGUUGUCAAUCCACUCUCUGGGUUUGUUUACUGGUCAGACUGGGGUGAGCCAGCAAAGAUUGAAAAAGCAGGAAUGAAUGGUUAUGACCGUAGUGCCCUGGUUACCAGAGAUAUUGAAUGGCCACAUGGCAUUGCUCUUGAUCUUGUGAAAGGUCGUCUUUAUUGGGUUGACUCAAAGCUGCAUGUAUUAUCAAGUGUAGACUUAAAUGGUCAAGACAGAAGAAUUGUGUUGGUGUCAAAGGAAUUCCUUGCUCAUGCUCUUGCGAUUGCCAUAUUUGAGGAUAAUGUAUUCUGGGUUGACGGGGAAAGAAAAGCACUUUAUGGAGCCAACAAAUUUACGGGUUCAGAUAUAGUGCUUUUAGCUGCCAACCUUGAGCCUCGAGACCUCAUUGCUCAUCAUGAGCUGACUCAACCAUCAGGCAAAAACUGGUGUGAGAAUCUUGAGAUGGGAAGCUGUGAAUACAUGUGUCUUCCAGCUCCCCAAAUCGACAGAGACUCUCCAAAAUAUACCUGUGUGUGUCCAUCUGGGAUGGAGCUGGAUCAGGACGGACAGCACUGCAGGAUGGGUAUAUUUAAAACAUGUGGAGCAUCUGACUUUGUGUGCCACAAUAAACAAUGUAUACCUAGUAGGUGGUUAUGCGAUGGCAAAGCUGACUGUGAAGAUGGAUCUGAUGAAAGUACAGAAGUCUGUCAUCAAAGAGUGUGUCUUAGCCAUGAAAUCAGCUGUGGACCUGGAUCCUUGCAGUGCAUUCCUGUUGCGUGGCAGUGUGAUGGAGAGAAGGACUGCAAAAAUGGUGGUGAUGAGAUUGAUUGUGGUAAAAUUACUUGUGAUCCUUUGGAAUUCACUUGCUCCAGUGGUAGAUGCAUUGCCAAGGCAUUUGCCUGCAAUGGUAUGGAUGACUGUGGUGAUGGAAGUGAUGAAAAGGACUGUGCUGCUUCUACCUGUGGCACUCAUGAGUUUCAGUGCAAUAGUUCAGAAUGCAUACCUUUAAACUGGGUGUGUGAUAACAGUGUGGAUUGUACAGAUAAAUCAGAUGAAUCUCCAGACCGCUGUGGAUACACUCUUCCUCCUUUGGCCUGUUCUCCCAAUGAGUUCCUGUGCGCUUCAGGUGAAUGCAUCCACCAAAACUGGUACUGUGAUGGUGAUGCUGACUGCAAAGACGGAAGUGAUGAAGCUAAUUGUCCUCCUCGUACAUGCAGACCUGAUCACUUCCAAUGUAAUGAUGGCAGUUGCAUCCCUGGGAAAAAGAGAUGUAAUCAAUUUAGAGACUGUAGUGAUGGUGGUGAUGAAAUCAACUGCCAGGAAAAAUGCAUGGAACCGACUAACUUCAAAUGUCAUAGUGGAGAGUGCAUAAAUAUCAGCCAAGUAUGCGAUACUAAACAGGACUGCAAAGACUGGAGUGAUGAACUUCUCAGUGAAUGCAAUAAGAAUGAAUGUUUAAAGAAGAAUGGUGGCUGCUCCCACACGUGCCAUGAUCUUGUAAUUGGUUAUGAAUGUGAAUGCCCUACUGGUUAUGAAUUGAUUGACAGGACUACCUGUGGAGAUGUUAAUGAAUGCCGCAAUCCUGGAUCUUGUAGUCAAAUUUGUGUUAACACAGAUGGAAGCUACAAAUGUGAAUGUCAUGCAGGUUACCUUAUGGAUCCAGCUAAUGGAGUUUGCAAGGCAAUAGGAAAAGAGCCUUAUUUGAUCUUCACGAAUCGCCAUGACAUUCGGAAGCUAGGACUACAUCACCAGGAGUACACCCAAGUUGCUGUGCAGCUGAGAAAUGCUGUAGCACUGGAUGCUGACUUUGCAGAGGAGAGAAUCUUCUGGGCUGAUGUGGGCCAGCAGGCAAUCUUCAGUAUGUCACUGAAUGGAAGGGAUCGUGCAGCUGGAACAUCCAUAAUUAAUGACUUGCAGAUCCCUGAAGGAAUUGCUGUGGACUGGAUCAAUAAACUUGUUUACUGGACUGAUCGUGGCACUAAAACACUAUCUGUGGCUAACUUUGAUGGAACGAAAAGGAAGAUUCUUUUUGAUACAGACCUAAGGGAACCAGCUUCAGUUGUGGUUGAUCCACUAUCAGGGUUUAUUUACUGGUCUGACUGGGGCACUCCAGCAAAGAUUGAGAAAGCAGGCAUGAAUGGUGUUGAUCGCCAAAUUUUGCUUGCUGCCAAAGUUGAGUGGCCAAAAGGCAUUGCACUUGACCGUAUGAAAGGCCGCUUGUAUUGGAUUGAUGCAAAGUUGCACACAUUGUCAAGUGUAGAUCUCAAUGGUCAGGACAGAAGAACAGUAUUGCAGUCACAAGAAUUCCUUGCACAUCCUUGUGCUGUGACUCUAUUUGAGGAUCAUAUUUAUUGGGCUGAUGAGGGAAAAGGAAUUUAUGGAGCCAACAAGUAUACUGGAGAUGAUGUGAAGCUUUUGGCCUCGAGUGUUGAACUUGGAGACAUCAUAAUCUAUCAUGAGCUGAUACAGAUACCUGGGAAAAACUGGUGUGCAGAGUUUGGAACUUGUGAGCACAUGUGCCUCCCUGCUCCUCAAAUUAACAGUCGAUCACCAAAGUAUACCUGUGUGUGUCCGACUGGAAUGGUGUUGAAGGAUGAUGAGAAGCAUUGUCAUGAAGUAAAUGAACAUACAACUCCAACAAAGAUGUCUGCAGGUGUUGCUUCAGAAGAGUUUGCCAGAUCACGUACCAUCUUGCCAACAGUUUUGGCUAGUCCCAGAGAUACACAUUUGAAUACUUCACUUGGAAAGUCAAGCAAAGGAUCUACGCCUAUUUGGGUCAUCUUUACCAUUUCACUUUUGAUCAUUGCUGGUGUACUUGGUUACCUUGCUUGGCAGACAUGGCAGAGGAGGAACAUGAAAUACACCCAUUUUGAGAAUCCAGCCUUUCAAAGUAAUUAAUCUGUACAAAGCAAAGAAUAAAAUUUGAAUUUUCACAACUG